UAUAUGUCUUUUUUCGAAACCAGAACGGAUGUGGAGAAAAAAAAAAUCUCAUUUUCAUUGGGUGGUGGACACCAUGCGUUCAAUGAACCAGCAGAGAAAUUCAAAUACUUUUACUUAAUUUACAUCGACAAAACAGAACAAGAACUGAUAUAUUUAAGAUCUGUCAAGAAGAGAGAAGAAAAAGGACAGCGAACAAUAAAAUUCAUCUCAUAGCCAGAAAAGUGCUCCAUCAACAUGGCAAACAGCACAUCAAAUGAAACCCAUACAAUCUACAGUAAUAUCAGCAGUCAUGCAAACAAUAUUCACAUGUUUUUUCUUAUCAUUGUGGAUAAGUGCAAUGAAAAAGACUAUUCCUAUGUUCGCUUGCCACUGGAAUUCUUUAACUCUCGUGCUGGGCCUCCCAACUAAUGUGGCUUUACUAUGGCUGCUGGUGAGGGGCGAGAAAGCUUUGUCACCUUCUGAAGUUUUGGGGCUCAAUCUUGCCGUGCUGAACAUACUCUAUUGUGUCAGUCUUCCUCUUGAUGUGUACAUUUCUCUGAGUAGACGCACUGGAACGCUUCUCCCAGUUUCUGAGGCCAUCUCUAUCCUCAAUGUGAUCGGCUGUCCUCUUCUCUUGACCAGUAUGUGUGUGGAGCGCUACUUGGCCGCAACACAUGCAGUCCUCUACAUGAAACUAGGGAGUAGAUGGGAGUAUCGUGUUGUCUGGUCGGGUCUAAUCUGGAUCUUAACUUUAGGCAUUGCAGUGAUUACCUACCAAGAAAGGCUGCCUAAAUUAACUCUGUACAUAUCAAUCACCCUUGAUGGUUUCUUACUGAUAAUGCUGGCAUGUCUAAUUGGCAUUGUGCGUGUCCUCCGCAAAAAAGGUCCAGGUGAAGGGCAAACAGGUGGAAGAGGUGGGUCACCCAUAAAAAACAGAGCACUAAAGAACGCUUUAUUGAUUCUAAUCCCGACAGCUGUAAUCUACGCACCUCUCCUGGCUAUAGCCCCUUACAUUCUCACGCUUAAGGUUGGAGAUGAAGCUAGUGACUCACAAUGUAUGAUUUUGAAUCUGUUCCAUACCUUUCCCAGUCUUGGGGCCUGUAUCGGGCCUGUGUUUUACAUGUCCCGUGCAAAACAACUGCACUGCUGCAAGAAGAAUACUGAAAAAACAACUAUGCAAGAGCUACAGCAUCCCAAGUGAAGUUUCCAUUAUGGCUUCUUCAUCUGAUAUAUGACAUGAUGACGUAAAAAACUUAAACUUUCUUUAAUCUUUAAAUAUUGCUUGUGGCUUUUAGUUUUUACUGAUAUAAAAAGAAGUAUAAACAUAAAUAAUUAUUAGUCAAUAAUAUUCAGAAAAUUGUUAUUUGGUGACAAUAUAAGUUUUUACUGUAUUUUUUUCAUAUAAACCUCAAAGAAACCUUUUUGCAAUCAAUUAGUCUAGGCUACUUUAUCCUUUGUGUUAGUAGUAAGUGUGUUAGUAAAUGCUGUUUUAUUUUAACCUAUAAAAAUAUAGUAUUUUCAGCUGGUUAAACUUAGAAAUGAAAGAUGCGAGUUAACUUUAGUUGAGUUAACUCAACUAAACAUAAGUUAACUCAACUUGAAGAUAA